UCUAACGGUGGUAAGGAAAGUAUUAACGGAAUACUGACGGAGGGUUUCGACGAUGGUUCGUGGUGUCAAUACUAUGUAAAGCACGUACAAUACCGUAGGGGAGAUAGAGAGAGAGAUAGUGUGUUCAGAGGCUGUGAAGUUCGAGUUUUCGGGACCGGAUCCGUCGAAAACCAUUCAGUACCCCUGACCGCGAGUUUUCUUGGAAGACUACCCGUGAGAAUGGAUGUAGUGUCGAGUGGGCUACUCGUACCAGCGAAGGUCGUGGAUAUUACUACCUACCACUCGUCUUUUUAUUCUCCGCCACCCACCGAAGCAUCGCGGUCUGGGUACGAUUCUAGUAGCGGCGGAGAGUCUGAUAACGAGUACAAUGCCAUUGCCUGUCGUGGAGCUAGCAAUCAGUCUCAAAAUACAACCACAACAAAUGCGAGCAAUCAUGGACAGGGAAAACACAUAAACAAAGGAAGGUGGACCAAAGAGGAGGAUGCUCUGUUAAAGCAACUAGUGAGCAACGCUGAGCAACUAGGGACUGGACUUCGAUGGGACACUAUAGCUGGGCACUUUCCAGACCGUAGUGAUGUCCAGUGCCAACAAAGAUGGGCGAAGGUUGUGAAUCCGGAAUUGGUUAAAGGACCGUGGACGAAAGAGGAGGAUGAAAAAGUUGUAGAAUUAGUGGAACGAUACGGACCGAAGAAGUGGACGUUAAUUGCGCGACAUCUGAAGGGUCGUAUUGGUAAGCAGUGUCGAGAACGAUGGCACAACCAUCUGAAUCCAGGUAUCAAGAAAACAGCGUGGACCGAGGCGGAGGACAGAAUUAUCGUAGAAGCGCACCGCAGGGUAGGCAAUCAGUGGGCAAAAAUAGCAAAAUUACUGCCGGGCAGGACGGAUAAUGCGAUCAAAAAUCACUGGAAUAGCACUAUGAGGAGGAAAUACGAAUCUGAAGAGGGUAGAUCCACCACUAGCACAAGAGGAAGAGGUAGAAGAAAAACCACAGAAUCAUCAGCGCCCUCUAAAGACAACCUGUGCACAGAGGAAGAUAUCUCAGGUCAGAGUCGUCUAAAUACAGCGUCUAGUAAUGACAACGCUACAACUCUGACCACUGUACAGCAGCAUAAUUUGGGCAUUGACCAGCUGGACUGGACUAAGACUUGGGAUAAUCAACAGAACAAUCAGACUUUUCAAGGUCUCCUGAAUCUGAAUGAACGUUCGCGCAAUAACGAAUCUCGGUUGGAUUCACCUUCAAAAAGAGGAAGCUCUUCGAAAGUCAAGAGUGAACAAAUUUCACCCUUUACUAAGUACUUUGACUUACAAAUCCAAGGUGAAGAGACCAGUUCAAAGAAUUGUGAGAUUAAAUUAAUGCCUAUGCCAAACCUGGAAGAGAUAUCAGGUACGGUAACGGAGAAAGAAAGGAGUAGUCCACCUCCGAUCCUCCGUCGACGACGAAACAUUCAAGUUCUUCAGCAGCGGACGGAAACCCCUGACAGUGUAAACCAGCAUGAUUACUUAAUAACAGUCCACCAACAGCAACAAACUGGUGACACAACCCCAUCCACACCCAUCAAACAACUGCCAUUUAGUCCGUCACAGUUCUUGAACAGUCUGAGUCCUGAAACUUCGUCUUGGCCACGGGCGAGCACUCCUAAAGGUAGUAGUCCUGGUCCACUAACUACACCACAACCCACUGGUCUUCGACGAAGUCAAAAUGAUGGCAACACGCCGAGGACGCCAACGCCGUUCAAAAAUGCGCUAGCAGAAUUAGAACGACGUAGCGGCGCGACUACUCAGUUACCUGCCACCCCCAGUCGCCUAGAUGCGCUAACCGAAAUCAUUAAACAGGAAACCGAUCGUGAAAGUCUAGCAGGGACUAGUACUAUUCUCCAGGACUCUGGUUAUAGCACGAUUAGGCGACGGGGUAAAGAGAAUAGUGCUCCUGGUGGAAAGAGAGCGCGCAAAGCUCUCUGUCAAGCCUGGGCAAACGCUUCUCAGGAUAAUUCCGAAAUGAGUUUCGUUGUAGAAACACCCAGUAAAAGUUUGGACACGUCGGUAUUGUUUUCGCCGGCAUCCAUGGCAUUGGAGGAUAGUUUCCUAACAGCAGGAACUAGUCCUGUAAAGACUUCCCACGACUUUGUGUCCGUACAACGGAAGCCUAACGCCAAGAGGGCGAUCACGUUCGACGCGUUCGACAGUCCCUGUUGUAUCCUCAGCCCCCUGCCGCUUAGGCCAGUCAAACGCACUAAGUUACACUUGGAAGCACAAUGGACAACAGUAGCAUGUGGACGUACGCGCGAUCAGCUUGAAAUGACACGAGCAGCUCGACGAUUUCUCAGUAGCCAUGGAUACCUGCCGUUGCGUCCUCGUUCUCUGAAUUUCUGAAAGUCUUUCUACAGACGUAGAGACUCGGUCGCACUUCGUGGUACAAAAAACGCGACGUUGAACUAGUCGUAAUUAGAUCUAUGCGGCACUUCCGUUUAAGGAAUAUGGCCUUUUCCUGUCAAAUCUAUCGGGCGAAAUAAAAAAGCACAAGAAAGAAAAUAGAAAGAUAAAUCUAUUAGGCAAUUUUACAGGCUGAAUAUGAAUGCGUUAUGCAUUUGAAUAACUUUUGAUGAGUAUAUAAUUGCGGAUAUAAUAUCAAGGUAUUCUAAUGUAUAGCGCAUGUAGAAGCAGUCAAUAUUUUUUUUUUUUUUUUCGUAAUGGAAAAACCACGGUGCACCUGAAAUUGCAUCUUAAAAGGAGAGAGAAUGUCAUGCUUUACUGAUACUUCUAUUUACAAUUUGUUCUCAGCGGGAUACACGUGAAACGCGUAUAAACCGCAGAAAGGAAAGCAAAGCAAAAGACACUUCUGCCCUUUUUUGCGAGUGAUAGGAAAUUGCUACUAUGGUAAUAUGUAGUUAAUGAUGAAUGUAGAAAGAAAAAGUGAAUCUCAUAUUUUCCCAUUUCCGUAAAUAUUGCUUGUUCCUGAUGGGAUACGUACAAAUUAUAUGCGUUCACUUGCAAUUUUUUUAAGGAACAACAGGAGUAGCAAUAUUUAUGUAAAGAAAGUUACGUGUAGAGUAUGAUACUACAUACAAUUUAUUUUGUACUUGAUGCAUUGCAAACCAUCUACCAUAUAAAGUAGCGACGUCUUAUCACGUCCGUAUGAAAAGAUAAAAGAAUGAAAUAAUAGCCGGUUUAUUUGAUAAAAUAGUAUAUAUUAUAUAAUAUAAAACAAAAGCAUUAUUGCGGCCGUUAUGUACAAAGAGCCUUUGUAACUGGUAUUUAAUUUACAACUGAAUAAUAAAGACGUGAUGAUAAUCACACCAAAAAGAAACAGUUGGUAAUAUUUUUUUAAAUCAGCGCGUCACACAUUGUCGUAAAUCUACGAACUUAGAGAUGUUAUGUCACAACUUCAUUUCACGCAUCGACUUUUCAUGUUAUACAUUUCAGCCGAAAUAAAAUGUUCUAAUAGAUUCGUGGUAUAGUAGUUGUUAAUAACGAUAACUUCAGCGUAUAUCAGCGUGCUACGUUUACGAAACUUGGAAUGCCAUGGAAUGGACAAGACAAGUGCUUAUGUGAUCAACCGGUACAUAUAUUAUUACUCAACAAACAACAAGUUUGAUGAUCAAUAAUAACAUCUCACAAUUAUGGUGAAGCAUAUCAAAUAUGCCUAACCAACUCAACUUCGUUACAUUUGAGCUUCAAACAUGGUACCCUACUAUUUUAAACGUGUCUUCUCAGAGUUUUCUGCUCAAAGAAGAGCGUUUUAUCUCUUAUCGGGAGUCGAAUUACAGAAUAUCUAAAAGUAAACAGUAUAAGAUUAUCUAGUAGUACAUACAAACUGGACACGAUAGGAUGAUAAUGUUUAUGAUCAAUACAGUGAGCGUCGAACGUUACUCUAAGGCUCCUUCCAUACACGCGUUUCUUUUACAUAUUCUAACAUCAUUCAGAAUUUAGAAUUAAAAAUAAAACAAAAAAAAUUGCAUUAUAAUAGUAAAUAUAAUAAUAAAAAUUAGUCAGCCAAACUGUAUUCUUUAUAGUUCGUCCUUCAUUACCAAUUGUACUAUAUUUUAACACUAAAAAAUGAUAAAGCAUGUCUACUUUCUUAACCAUUUAAGU